UUUGUCUUUAAAUUUUGUGCCUCGAAAAGAAACCCCUUAAAAACCUUGGCGCUUGCUGAAUCACUCCCUCUAGUGGUGGUUUUUCCAAAACCACUCUCCCCUGAUUCACAUGCAGAAGAAAACCGCCCUUUUGUCUCUCACCUCUGCGAAUCCAUGGCGGUUUUGCAGUUCAUGAUCUUCUGUCACAUGGGUCUUGAUCAUUGAUAUAAACUUUAAAAAGUGGGAAACAUUUUCAGGUGAAAGCUCCAUAGUGGUUUUCAAAAGCGGUUUGGGUUUUGACAAUGGUGGUUUCUCAGAGCUCCCUUUCUCUCUGAUUCCCAUGCACCUUGUCUAAAAAAACCCACUUUUCCUUUUCUGCUCUCUCUGCAAAAUCCAUGGCGGUUUCGCAGAAGCCCCAUUUGUAAAAUAAAAAAAAAACCCCAUCUUUUGUUCUGUUUCUGGUUUGCGCUUUGGGUUUCCCAAUAUCUGUUGGGAAAAUCAUGGUGGUAUUGGAGGUCCCUUUCAGUUUAUGGAUUUUGGGUUUUCACAAAGAAUACCAGGACGUUUAUUUCGAAUAAAAAAGAAAAAGGGGUUCUAAUGUUGAGUAGAAGAUCAAGCCAUGUAACCAGGUCUUCACUGCACUCCAUGACUUUGUGUCCAUAAGAGACAUUGGAAAGUAUGCUUAGAAAGAGAUCAAGGGCUGUAAGCAGCAAGCCAAACUUGAUGGCUGAUUAUGUUUCUGAUACAGCAUCUGUAACUGAGAAAUUCAAUAAGCCAUCUUCCUCUUCUUUUUUCGGUUCACCCAGGUUAUUCACAGGCUUUGGGACGAAGGGUUUCUCUGAAUCUGAUACAGCAACAAGCCCUACUUCCAUUCUUGAUAGCAAACCUUUCACUGGCUUUGGAAGCCAUUUUUGGCCCGAUACUAAACAGUUGUCGUCUCCAAGGUCAAAUUUUGAACAAAGACGAGCCUUGGAGAAGAUGGAUUCUAAAGGGAUUGGUCUUGGUAUAGUUGAUUCUCUCACUACUGAGAAUAAUGAUAAAGAUUCUAAGAAACCAGACGCUAGAAUGGUUGUCUUUGGUUCCCACCUCAAGAUUUCAAUUCCCCCUUAUGACCCCACUUUGGUUUCUCAGGCAAGCCCCCUAAAUUUGGCAGAUUCAUCGCCUUUUUUGAGCAAACCUCGCUUUGAUCCCUCAACUCCUGAUCUUUUUGGAGAAGCUCAAUUUGGUUGCCCUGAGAAUUCUAGAGAAACCCAAUUUGGGUAUUCGAAUUCUAGCUCCUCUGUUCCGUUUUCACCGAGUAACCAUUUUGGUCCUGCAAAUCCCACAAGUUCUAGUGAAACUGGAUUUAUGUUUUCGAAUUCCCUGCCCUUCUCGCCCAAGCAUAUCUUUUACUCCGUGGCUUCUGCCAAUUCUAGUGAAACCCAACUUGGUGGUUUGAACUCUCUGAGUUCUUCUCCUUUUUCGCAUGAAAACCCUGCAUAUUCUAGUGAAACGCGGUUUGGGAAAUCAAAUUCAAACAGUUCUUUGCCUUUAUCCCCACAAAAUGUGAUCAUUUCACCACGGCGCACUAAUUUUAGCGGAGCCCAGAUUGGGAAUUCAUCUGAAUCCACUGAAAGACCCAUUGUUCAUUCAACUUCAAAGGGUUCUUUGCUGUUUUCUCCUAAGAAUCUGGUUGACUCUGCUAGUUUUGUGAAUUCUAGUGGAACUGGGUUGGUUUAUUUGAAUUCCAAUGGUUCUCAAGGGAGCUCAUUUCAGUUAGAGAAGCGGGUGAUUGACUCGAAGGAUCGGGUUAACAGUAUGGAGGUUUCUUCACCUCUAUCUGUGGGGUCUCCUCGGGUUUUUACCGGGUGCCUUUCGGCUAGCGAGAUGGAACAAUCAGAAGAUUAUACUUGCAUAAUAUCUCAUGGACCCAAUUCAAGGACAACCCACAUAUUUGAUAACUGUGUUGUGGAGAGCCCCUUUGUUGGGUCUUUCUCUACGAAGAAGGAGAAUUGGGCCGUCUAUGAAAAUCAAUCGACUUACCCUUCCCACGAUUUUUUGAGUAUUUGCUUUGCCUGCAAAAAGAAGCUAGGCCAAGGGGAGGACAUCUUUAUGUACAGGUCUCUUUCUCUCUCUCUCUCUCUCCCCCCCCAAGUGUGCGUGCACGCGUGCACAUGCUUGGUCGGGUGCACUUCUAAGAGGCGAGAAGGCAUUUUGCAGUCGGGAAUGCCGUUCCCUGGAGAUGAUGUUUGAUGAAGGACCAGAGAAUUGCUUCUCAGAUUCCUCUGUCUCUUCAAACGCUGGUGUGUAGGCUUAGACCCCAUAAUACAAAUAAGAGUAAGCAAACUCAAAUUGUCUUCCUCUCGCUCUCUCUCUCUCACACACUCUGUCCUGGUUCCUGCAAAGAGCAAUGGGUAGCCAUGGAUGGUCUUCUGUUCAUAUUAGUUCUCCCGGACUUAAAAAAAGCCAGUCCUUGAUAUGAGGCACGCCUUUAAGAGACUUAAAACUCGUACAAUAUUUUCUUGGGCUUCCUAAUGGUGUAUGAAUUUGUCUGUAGAGCUGGUUCCUUACAAGUGAUGAUAGUGGUUGCUGUUGGUUUGUCCACAGUUUUUGGAUUAGUGUUUCAUGAUGUGUUUAUUGAAUGGGUCUUGCCAUGACAUAAAGCAGCGCGUCUUUUUGUACUCUUACCGGACUCGUGGCUUGGAUUUCUCCACAGUUUUUUUGGUUGGUAUUGAUGGUGUAUAAACUUUUGCUGUCCUUUCUCAUGAGAGAGAGAAGAAUCAUGAAUUUUGCAGUGUGGAUUAUGCA